AGAUUUUAAUCGGAACAGACCCGUGCCGGGUUCGGUCGCGGGCUUUGAAAAGCAGGAAAAAUCUUCUGAAGUUACUUAAAAGUGAUAAAACUAUUGUGAUAUAGCGUAGAACAAUGCAAAGUGUUACCAAAGUAUCGUUAAUCUUGUUGAAAACCGUAUUUCUUAGUACAAAAACACACCACCAAGCAGGUUAAUAGCAGCUAAUAAAUUAGCCACCAGAUUUUCGCACCGUCGUCGUGGUAGUUGUCCUAGCUCUAAGACACCCUCACCAGCAGCAGCAGCACCAUGGAGGGAGCCAGUGGAAGCAGCAACUCGGAUCCCCGGUUCGAGUUUCUCGGGUCGUUUGUGCAGAAAACGCUCAAGCUGAAGCCGGAAAAAUGGCACCGUUUAGUCACGCUAGAGGAGCACAAAGCAGUUAUGAAGGAGUUCUUUGAUAAUCACUCGUCACUGGUUUUGAUCAUCAUUCUUACCCCCUCGGCACAAUUAAUUCCCAUCGUGAGCUUUCCCAUUGCGGCGCUCAAGAACAAAGGAGUUUAUUUCGUCAAGAAGAACACCAUCGAGGUACCCCGCGAGGGUUGCAAGGAUUGCCUCGUGGUCGGAGAUUUGGCCACCCGUACGAUCGACCAGCUGUCCUGUCUCGUCGACGAGAUCUUCGUCCCGCUGCUGUCCAAUCCGGACAACCACGAGGGAUGGCCGGAAAUGGUCGCGCAAGACGUCCAAAAGCAGGUUCACAGCCUCAAGAGUACCGUCUAUCAAGUCCAGGGUCAAGUUAGUGGACAGACCGUUCUACCAAUGCCCGUCGGAGUUGAUAAAUGUGUGCAAACCGCCAAAGAGCUGGUUGUCAACGCGGAAUGCUCGAUCAAUCUCUACCUCAAGAGUGCGAUCGAGGGCGUUGUUAUCAAGUGGGCCACCCAGGUGAACGACGUUAUGCUCGAGACCAGUUCGAACGCCUUCAACGGGGGCCAAAAUCCGGUACCGUCCGUCGAAAUCAACUUUUGGAACAACCGUCUCAAAAAUCUCACCUAUAUCUACGAACAGCUGCGCCACGAGCGUAUCCGCAGCAUGGCACUAAUUCUUGAAUUCACCGACAGUGCUUACUACCCUUGUUUUAAGACACUCUUCAAGAACGUAGUUACAGCACUGGCCGAAGCACGGGACAUCACACUGUACCUGAACCCGCUGACGCGCCACUUCCAGCAGCUGGAGGACACCGAAUUUUCCGAGAGCAAAGUUUUGCUCAAACCGUUAAUGCACGUCGUUUGUCUCAUCUGGUCCAACUCCAUGUACUACUGUCACUCUGCUAAAUUAAUUGUAUUGCUAAGGCAAAUUUGUAACUUGAUUAUACAACAGGCGAAACGCUUCCUGGACCCGUCCUCGAUCUUCCACAGCGACAUCGAUGAGGCCAUGCAGCGCAUUUCGCUGUCGAUUCAAAUUCUCAAGUACUUCCGUACCGUGUACGACGAGUACAAGGAUAACAUCGCUCCGUUUUUUAAAGACCGCCCUGUGGUCAACUGGACUUUCCACCCGAACGCGGUCUUUGAACGAUUCAAUGCGUUUCUCGAACGACUGUUCACCAUCCAGUGGUUCUUUAAUACGGUGAUCGAGUUUUUAAAGCUUGAGAAGGUUGAAAUCGGAGGCCUCAAGGGGCGCGCCCUGAGCGCCCGGAUCACGGGCGUCUCGGUGGAGUUCAACCAGUGCUUCUCGGUGUUUGCGUCCAAGACGUACGACGUGCUGGAUCCGGACGAUCCCACGUUCAAGGAGGACUUUGUCAAGUUCCAGGAUCGCAUCCUGGAGCUGGACCUGAAGCUGGCGGCGAUCCUGUGCCAGGCCUUUGACGACUGUCACAACCUGGAGAGCGUCUUCAAGUUGAUCAGCAUCGUUGGAACGGUGCUGGAUCGGCCCAAGAUCCGUGAAGAGUUCACCGGAAAGUAUCGCCAAAUUUUGUACAUGAUCGACGAGGAGCUGAGUACCUGCGAGGACAUUUACGAAAUGCAGAUGGAGCACUACCGCAAGGAUGGCCACAUCUUUGUCGACCGCAGUGCUCCCCCGGUGACGGCAUGUAUUCGUUGGGUACUGCAGCUGACGAACCGUAUUACGACGCCCAUCAAGCAGUUCCAAACUCUGCAGCAUCCGGUGGUCCAAUCCGAGGAGGGUAGCUCGCUGGUAGUUCGCUACAACGAGCUGAUCCGGAAGCUCAAAGAGUUUGAAAAGUCCAUCUUCGACAAGUGGGCCGUCACGGUUGAGUCCACGAUCGAGGAAAAUCUGGACAAACCGUUGAUCGUGCGGAAGCGCAACAGCUCCGAGCUGGUGCUGAACUUCAGCCCCGAUCUUUUCUCGAUCCUUCGGGAAGUUCAUUAUCUACGGCUGAUGGAAAUUGCGGAAAUUCCGGAGCGCGGUCUGGAAUUCUCCGAAAAAAGCAACAUCUUUCGGUCGUACACUCUGAACUUGGAGAAAACGAUCGAGUGGUACAACAAGAUCCGGCGCAACUGCACCGCAGUUGAGCUGGAACUCAUCAAGGGCGAGAUCAAGAUGAUCGACGAGCUGCUGGAGCGCGCAACGGACGAGCUGACGUGGAACUCGGAAGACGUCACCGAGUACAUGAUGAAGAUUCGCCAGCCCGUCGAUCAGCUCCAGCAGCGCAUGAACAGCAUCCAGAACAACCUGAAGGAGAUUCGGGCGCUGAUGUCGCUGUGGGCCAAGGCGCCCCUGUUCGAGCGGAAGGACUCGAAAAAGGACACCGUGCUCUGUUUGGAGGAGCGCAACGAUCGCAAGAGCAAACGGUACGCCGAACUCGAGUCGGCGGCCACCAAGGUGCACCAGCUGUUGGAGGCCAACAUGCAUCUGUUCGAGAUGCAGGACACGCAGGACGACCCGAACUGGGUCAAGUACGUCGUGUUUGUCGACAACAUCAUCCACGAGAGCUUACUGUUUAUGAUUGGAAUUAGCAUGGGAUACCUUGUCGAGAACAUGGAUCCCGGCAAUAAUCUGGCACCGUUGUUUGAGUCUAGGCUAGAGCUUCUAGAGCCAGAGUUGAUGUUUGUUCCAUCGCUUAAUCCCACGGAUCCGAAUGGGUUCAACUUUUUGCUGGCCGCACUGGUAGAUGAUAUUACGCACAUGUCCUCGUUGAUUCCGCGGCUGCUGAAAAGUGCCGGCAAGACUUACGAGCAGAAAAUUAUGAACAUAUCUGACAUACAGGAGAUGAAGAUAGAAGUGCUGCAGGGCGUGGAUAAGGUUAUCCAGGAAGCAGCACAAUUUUGCGGAGACUUUGAACGCUACAGCUAUUUGUGGCUCGAGGAUCGUGAAUACAGUAUGGAGAUAUUUUUGGAGUACGGUCGACAGCUGGAGAUGGACGAGCUAGAGCUGAUUGCGAACAAGGAUCCGGAAGCACCGCAGCCUUGUCCGCCCACCAUAGAAGCGUUCCGUGAGCAAAUUGACCACUACGAAGCGCUAUACCUGGAGAUCGAGAAGAUAGAACCCUUCCAGAUUUUUAACGCUUGGUUUCAGGUUGAUGUUAGACCAUUCAGGCAAUCUCUACUGAACAUUGUCAGAAAAUGGGGUAACAUGUUCAAGGACCAUUUAGUUACAAAUGUGACGUACAGCCUGACGGAUCUGGGCAACUUUAUCCGCAAGGCCGACGAAGGACUACUGCAGGUGGUGAAGGAAGGUGACUACGAUGGACUGGUCAACAUCAUGGCCUACUUGUUCCACGUGAAGGAGCGCACCGCCACCACCGACGAAAUGUUCGAACCCAUGAAGGAGACCAUCGAGCUCCUCAAGUACUACGACAUGGACAUCCCCGAGGAGGUCAAUGUGUAUCUGCAGGAACUACCUGAACAGUGGGCCAAUACCAAGAAGAUUGCACUCACUGUUAAGCAGCAGGUUGCACCGCUGCAGGCGAACGAAGUCGUUGGCAUCCGCAACAAGAUAGCCGCAUUCGAUCUGCACAUUGCUCUGUUCCGGGACAUUUUCCGCACGUACGAUUUCUUCAAGUACGAAAACGCCGAACCCUACAUCCUACUGAACCGUAUCAACGGAGACAUCGAGCGACUCGAACGGGAUAUGUCCAUCAUCCAGGAGUCCGGCAGUCUCUUCGAAGUGCCGGUUCCCGAGUUCAAACUGCUCCGUCAAUGUCGCAAAGAGAUGAAAAUGCUCAAGCAACUCUGGGACUACGUGUUCAUCGUACGCACCAGCAUCGAGGACUGGAAGACGACCCCGUGGCGCAAGGUGGACGUCGAAAACAUGGACAUUGAGUGCAAAAAGUUCGCCAAGGACAUCCGCCUGCUGGACAAGGAGAUGCGCUCCUGGGACACCUACAUGACGCUGGAGGCGACCGUCAAGAACAUGCUGACGUCGCUGCGAGCCGUCGGCGAGCUGCAGAAUCCGGCCAUCCGCGAGCGCCACUGGAACCAGCUGAUGUCGUCGACGAAGAGUUUAGCUAAUCUGCCACCCGAGAUUACCGUCCAAUUCAUAAUGGAUAAAAACACCACCCUGUCGGACCUGCUCGCGCUGAACCUGCACGAGUGCGAGGAGGAGGUCAAGAACAUCGUGGACAAAGCCGUCAAGGAGAUGUCGAUGGAGAAGAUCCUGCGCGACCUGAACACGACCUGGUCGAUCAUGGAGUUCGAGCACGAGAUUCACGCCCGCACCGGCUGCUCGCUGCUCAAGGCGUCCGAGGAGCUUAUCGAAACGCUGGAGGAGAACCAGGUCGUGCUGCAGAACUUGAUGACGUCCAAGUUUGUGGCGCACUUUCUGGAGGAAGUUUCUUCUUGGCAGAAGCAGCUAACGACCGCCGAUAAUGUGAUAACCGUUUGGUUCGAGGUGCAGCGCACCUGGACCCACCUGGAGUCCAUCUUCAUGAGCUCAGAGGACAUCCGUAAACAGUUACCCAUCGAUUCGGCCCGCUUCGAUCAGAUCGACACUGACUUCAAGGUGAUGAUGGAAGAAAUGUCCAAAACAUCGAACGUUAUUCACGCGACCAACCGCGAUGGUCUCGUCGAGAAACUCGAUGGUCUCCAGGGCCAGCUGACUCUUUGCGAGAAAGCUUUGGCCGAGUAUCUGGAGACGAAACGACUGUACUUCCCUCGCUUUUACUUUGUCUCAUCCGCCGAUCUGCUGGACAUCCUCAGCAACGGUAACAGGCCCGAAGUGGUCUGCAAGCAUCUGACCAAACUGUUCGAUUCGAUCGCCAAGUUGAAGUUCCAAUCAGAAGACGAUGGAAAGGUGAAGCAAUCGCUCGGAAUGAUCGCGAAAGAUACCGAGUACGUCAAGUUCUUCGAGAUUUGUGGAUGCACCGGAGCCGUCGAGGUUUGGCUCAACCAGGUGCAGAACUCGAUGCGAAGUUCACUGCGAAGUUACAUCGCCGACGCCGUCGUAGCGUACGAGGAAAAACAGCGCGAACACUGGCUGUUCGACUAUCCAGCGCAGGUAUCCCUGUGCGGAACUCAAAUCUGGUGGUCCACUGAGGUGAACAUCGCCUUCAGUCGGCUAGAGGAAGGCUACGACAACGCCAUCAAAGAUUACUACAAGAAGCAAAUUUCCCAACUCAGCACGCUUAUAACGCUGCUGCUAGGCGAACUGACGAGAGGCGACCGUCAAAAGAUCAUGACCAUUUGUACCAUUGACGUACACUCACGUGACGUCGUCAGUAAGCUGAUUCAAUCGAAGGUCGAGACUGCCUCCGCUUUCCAGUGGCAGUCCCAGUUGCGCCACCGUUGGGACGACGUCGAGAAGGACUGCUUCGCCAACAUCUGCGAUGCUCAGUUCGUCUAUAGUCACGAAUAUCUGGGAAACACACCCCGUCUGGUGAUCACUCCACUGACCGAUCGAUGCUACAUUACGCUAACGCAGUCCCUGCAUCUGGUCAUGGGUGGAGGUCCCGCUGGACCGGCCGGUACGGGCAAAACGGAAACCACCAAAGAUUUGGGCCGUGCCCUCGGCAUCAUGGUGUACGUGUUCAACUGCAGCGAGCAGAUGGACUACAAAUCUUGCGGAAAUAUAUACAAAGGACUGGCCCAGACCGGUGCCUGGGGUUGCUUCGACGAGUUCAACCGCAUCUCCGUCGAGGUGCUGUCCGUCGUUGCGGUACAGGUCAAAUCCGUGCAGGAUGCCAUACGCGACAAAAAGGACACUUUUGACUUUAUGGGCGAGAUAAUUGCGUGCGUCCCAACGGUGGGCAUCUUCAUCACCAUGAACCCCGGCUACGCUGGCCGUACCGAGUUGCCGGAAAAUCUUAAGGCACUUUUCAGACCGUGCGCUAUGGUGGUUCCCGAUUUUGAACUCAUUUGCGAAAUCAUGUUGGUAGCGGAAGGUUUCCAGGACGCCCGAGUACUGGCCCGCAAGUUCAUCACUCUGUACACGCUGUGCAAGGAGUUGCUCUCGAAGCAGGAUCACUACGAUUGGGGUCUGCGUGCCAUCAAAUCGGUGCUGGUCGUCGCCGGUUCGCUGAAGCGUGGCGAUCCCGGACGCCCGGAAGAGGAAGUGCUGAUGAGAGCGCUGCGUGAUUUCAACAUUCCCAAAAUUGUGACAGAUGACAUGCCCGUGUUUAUGGGCUUGAUCGGCGAUCUAUUCCCGGCGCUCGACGUCCCCCGAAAGCGCGACAUGGAGUUUGAAAAGACGGUCAAGCAAGCCACGCUGGAUCUUGCGCUGCAACCAGAGGACAACUUUAUCCUGAAGGUCGUACAGCUGGAGGAACUGCUCGAGGUGCGACACUCGGUGUUCAUCGUUGGUAACGCCGGCACGGGCAAGACCCAAGUUUGGAAAACGCUGUACAAAACCUACCAGAACAUCAAGAAGAAACCGGUCUUCAACGAUCUCAACCCGAAAGCGGUUACCAACGACGAGCUGUUUGGAAUCAUCAAUCCGGCGACCCGCGAGUGGAAAGACGGUUUGUUCUCCGUGAUCAUGCGUGAGCAGGCCAAUCUACCGGGGGACAACCCAAAAUGGAUUAUCCUCGAUGGUGACAUUGACCCCAUGUGGAUUGAGAGUUUGAACACCGUAAUGGAUGACAAUAAGGUGCUGACGCUGGCGUCGAACGAGCGCAUCGCGCUCACACCUUUGAUGCGAUUGAUUUUUGAGAUUUCCAACCUGCGCACAGCUACGCCGGCCACGGUAUCACGCGCCGGUAUUUUGUACAUCAAUCCGCAGGAUUUGGGCUGGAAUCCAUACGUUACCAGCUGGAUCGAAACGCGUACGAUUCCGGCGGAAAAGUCCAACCUCGUAAUCCUGUUCGACAAGUACAUUCCGGCCUGUCUGGACAACAUCCGGACGCGCUUCAAGAAGAUCACCCCGGUCGCCGAGAUGGCACACAUCCAAAUGCUGUGUCACUUAUUGGAGUGUCUACUGAUCCCAAUCAAUACUCCCGCUGAUUGUCCGAAGGAGUGGCAUGACCUAUAUUUUGUGUUCUCGUGCGUUUGGGCGUUCGGUUCAGCUAUGUUCCAAGACGCGGCCAUUGACUACCGCGUGGAGUUCAGUAAGUGGUGGGUAAACGAGUUCAAGACCGUUAAGUUUCCCCCCACCGGGACGGUGUUCGAUUACUUCAUCGACACCGAAACCAAGCACUGGACGCCGUGGACGGAGAUUCUGCCCAAGUUCGAGAUGGACUGUGACCAACCGCUGCAAGCGGUACUGGUGCACACCUCGGAGUCCAUCCGUUUGCGCUUCUUCCUCGACCUGCUGAUGGAGCGUGGCAACCCGGUGAUGCUCGUCGGCAUCGCCGGUUGCGGAAAAACGGUCGUGGUCAACGAAAAACUAGGCAGUCUGAACGAAAACUUUGCCAUUGCAAACAUCCCCUUUAAUUUCUAUACAACUUCUGAGAUGCUUCAAAAAGUUAUGGAGAAACCAUUAGAAAAGAAAGCGGGUCGUAACUAUGGUCCUCCUGGCAGCAAAACCCUUAUUUACUUCAUAGAUGAUAUGAACAUGCCGGAGGUCGACGCUUACGGUACCGUUCAACCCCACACCCUGAUUCGACAGCACAUGGAUUACACCCACUGGUACGAUCGGAACAAACUGACCCUAAAAGAUAUUCACAACUGCCAAUACGUCAGUUGCAUGAACCCAACCUCGGGCAGUUUUACGAUCAAUCCCCGACUGCAGCGACACUUUUGCGUGUUCGCGGUCAGUUUCCCAGGCUCGGAGGCCGUUACCACCAUCUAUCAUUCGAUCCUUCUUCAGCACUUUGCGAACGCUGAACAGAAGUUCAACAUAGCUGUAACUAAAAUAUCACAAAAUAUUGUCGCAGCAAGUUUGGCUCUGCACUCUAAAGUGGCACAGGUGUUUCUCCCGACGGCCAUCAAGUUUCACUACGUCUUCAAUCUGCGCGACCUGACCAACGUGUUCCAGGGACUGCUGUUCAGCACCAACGAUUGUCUGACGACUUCGAGUGACUUUAUAAGGCUGUGGUUGCACGAAACGCAGCGGGUGUACGGCGACAAGCUGCUCGACGACAAGGAUAUUGACAGCUUCACCAAGAUGCAGAACGACCUGGUCAAGAAGUCGUUCGAGGAAAUCGACGAGUCGAUCGUGUUUGACAAACCGAACAUUUACUGCCACUUUGCGGGCGGUAUCGGAGAGCCCAAGUACAUGCCCAUUUCGGACUGGGGUGUGCUGACCAAGCUGCUGCAGGAGGCUAUGAUGUCCUACAACGAUCUGAUCGCGGCGAUGAAUCUGGUUCUGUUCGAGGAUGCUAUGAUGCACGUGUGCAGAAUCAACCGAAUUCUGGAAUCGCCUCGUGGAAGUGCCCUGCUCGUUGGUGUCGGAGGCAGUGGCAAGCAGUCUUUGAGCCGACUGGCGGCCUUCAUCUCCAGCUUGGAAGUGGCACAGAUUCAACUCAAGAAAGGCUACAGUGUGGCGGAUCUGAAGAAUGAGCUCUCCGGAUUGUACCUGAAGGCAGGUAUGAAGAACGUCGGCAUCAUGUUCCUGAUGACCGACGCCCAGGUGUCCAACGAGAGCUUCCUGGUGAUCAUCAACGAUCUGCUGUCGUCGGGCGAGAUUGCGGAUCUCUUCCCGGACGACGAGGUGGAGAACAUCAUCUCCGGGGUGCGCAACGAGGUGAAAGGAGCCGGUUUGGUCGACACCCGCGAGAACUGCUGGAAGUUCUUCAUCGACCGAGUGCGACGCCAGCUCAAAGUCGUGCUGUGUUUCUCCCCCGUUGGAGUGACACUCCGCGUUCGAUCGCGCAAGUUCCCUGCGAUAAUUACCUGCACGCAGAUCAAUUGGUUCCACGAGUGGCCGCAGGAAGCUUUGAUGUCCGUGUCGUUGCGUUUUCUACAAGAGUUAACAAUCCUACCGAACGAUUGCAGAGACUCGAUUGCACGGUUCAUGGCUUAUGUACACACCUCGGUCAACUCCAUGUCAAAAAUAUACUUGCAAAACGAGCGUCGCUACAACUACACAACGCCCAAGUCCUACUUGGAGCAGAUAAGUCUGUACGACAAGCUGUUGAAGGACAAGCACGGAGACUUGAGACAGAAAGUGGAACGUCUUGAAAAUGGUUUAGAGAAGCUACGUACCACAGCGGAUCAAGUCGCUAGCCUGAAACAGAAACUGGCCGUGCAAGAGAUCGAACUAAAGGAGAAGAACGAUGCUGCUGAUGCACUCAUCGAGAUGGUCGGAAUAGAGACGGAAAAGGUCCAAACUGAGAAAGCCAUUGCCGACGAAGAGGAGCAAAAAGUGGCCGUCAUCGCCCAGGAGGUUGCCAAGAAGCAACGCGACUGCGAGGAAGAUCUUGUGAAGGCAGAACCUGCACUGCUUGCGGCCCAGGAAGCUUUGAACACCCUCAACAAGGCCAACCUAACCGAGUUGAAGUCGUUCGGUUCGCCUCCUGGUGCCGUGACCAACGUGACGGCUGCCGUUAUGGUUCUACUCGCUCCGAACGGGAAAAUUCCCAAAGAUCGCAGCUGGAAAGCGGCCAAAAUCACCAUGGCCAAAGUUGACGGCUUUCUGGACAUGCUCGUCAACUACGACAAGGAACACAUCCACCCGGAGAUCAUAAAGGCCAUUCAACCGUACCUGAAGGACACCGAGUUCGAUCCCGAGUUUGUGCGCACCAAAUCGGGAGCCGCUGCCGGUCUUUGCGCCUGGGUUAUCAACAUUAUCAAGUUCUACGACGUAUACUGUGACGUCGAACCGAAAAGACGGGCCCUGGCUGCGGCAAACGCCGAGCUGUGUGCGUCACAGGACAAACUUGCCAUGAUCAAGCGGAAAGUUGCCUCCCUCGAGGAACAACUGGCAACACUGACGGCUGACUUUGAGAAAGCCAUAGCCGACAAAAUCCGUUGCCAGCAGGAAGCGGACGCAACGCAAGCCACCAUCCAGCUUGCCAACCGACUUGUGGGUGGCCUGGCCAGCGAGAAUGUUCGCUGGGCAGAAGCAGUGGCAGAAUUCAUGCAGCAAGCGACCACCCUGCCGGGAGAUAUCCUGCUCGUAACCGCAUUCAUCUCCUACGUGGGCUGCUUCACCAAGCAGUUCCGGAUGGAUUUGCUGAACAAAAUGUGGCUGCCGUUCCUGCGAGCGCUGGAACCAGGCAUCGCCAUCACGGACAACAUCGACCCACUGAAACUACUCACAGACGACACGCAGAUUGCGACGUGGCAGAACGAGGGUCUGCCCAGCGAUCGGAUGUCCAUCGAGAACGCCACGAUCCUGUCCAACUCGGACCGGUGGCCGCUGAUGAUCGACCCGCAGCUGCAGGGCAUCAAGUGGAUCAAGCAAAAGUACGGCGACGUCCUGAAGAUCAUUCGCUUGGGGUCCAAGGGAUACCUGGAGGUGCUCGAGAAGGCCCUGGCGAAGGGAUGUACCGUGCUGAUUGAGAACAUCGGUGAGAACGUCGACCCGGUGUUGGAUCCACUGCUGGGUAGGAACCUGAUCAAGAAGGGAAAAGCUAUCAAGAUUGGUGACAAAGAGGUGGAGUACAAUCACCGCUUCCGUUUGAUUCUUCACACCAAACUGGCUAACCCGCACUACAAACCGGAAAUGCAAGCCCAAACAACGCUGAUCAACUUUACCGUAACCAGAGACGGUCUGGAGGACCAGCUACUGGCCGAGGUAGUCAAAGCCGAACGUCCCGACCUGGAGGAGCUGAAGGCCGACCUGACGAAGCAGCAGAAUGAUUUCAAGAUCAUGCUCAAACGUCUCGAAGACGACCUCCUUUCGCGUCUUUCCUCAGCUGGUGGAAAUAUCCUGGGCGAUACAGCGCUGGUUGAGAAUCUUGAAACCACCAAGAAAACAGCCGCUGAGAUCGAGGAGAAAGUCACUGAAGCUAAGGUUACAUCUAAGGAGAUCGAUGAAGCACGCGAGUACUAUCGCCCGGCGGCGGCUCGCGCCAGUUUGCUCUACUUCAUUUUGAACGAUCUCAACACGAUCAAUCCGAUCUACCAGUUUUCGUUGAAGGCAUUCAGUGUGGUGUUCCAGAAGGCGAUUUCCCGCGCUGAUCCCGCCGACACCGUUGCCCAGCGGGUGGUGAACCUUAUCGAUUGUAUCUCUUUCUCAGUUUUCCAGUACACCACUCGAGGACUGUUCGAGUGCGACAAGCUGAUAUUCAUGUCGCAAAUGACGUUCCAGAUCUUACUCAUGAACGAAGAAAUUACCCCGGCAGAAGUGGACUUCCUACUACGUUUCCCCAUCAAACCACACGUUACCUCACCGGUCGAUUUUCUAACCAAUACAGCCUGGGGUGGCAUUUGUAGUUUGGCUUCUAAAGACGAAUUCCGUAAUCUUGAUCGGGAUAUUGAGACGUCUUCGAAGCGUUGGAAGAAACUGAUAGAGUCCGAAUGUCCGGAGAAGGAAAAGUUCCCACAAGAGUGGAAGAACAAGACGGCACUGCAGCGGCUCUGCAUGAUGCGAGCGCUGAGACCGGAUAGGAUGACCUAUGCCAUGACAGACUUUAUCGAGGAAAAACUUGGCGCUCGGUACGUGGAGAACCGCACAAUGGAGUUUGCCAAGUCGUUCGAGGAAACCAGCCCAUCGACGCCGAUCUUCUUCAUUCUGUCGCCGGGCGUGAAUCCGUUAAAGGAUGUGGAAGCCCUGGGCAAACAGCUUGGGUACUCCUUGGAUAAUGGAAACUUUUAUAAUGUAUCGCUGGGACAGGGCCAGGAAGUGGUCGCUGAAUCAGCCAUGGACAAGGCAGCCACCUCGGGACACUGGGUUAUAUUGCAGAACAUCCAUUUGGUGAAGAAAUGGUUGCCCUCGCUGGAGAAGAAGCUCGAAUACUACUCGGAAGGAUCCCACGAAAACUACCGCGUGUUUAUGAGUGCCGAACCGGCUGCAACGGCCUCGGCACAUAUCAUCCCCCAAGGCAUCCUGGAAUCGUCCAUCAAAAUUACCAACGAACCACCAACUGGAAUGCAAGCGAACAUACACAAGGCACUGGACAACUUCACCCAGGAAACGCUGGAGAUGUGCGGCAAGGAGGCAGAGUUCAAAGUGAUUCUCUUCUCGUUGUGUUACUUCCACGCUGUGGUUGCUGAACGUCGCAAGUUCGGACCCCAAGGCUGGAACAAGACGUAUCCGUUCAACGUAGGCGAUUUGAACAUUUCCGUGUCGGUUUUGUACAACUAUCUCGAAGCAAACACUAAAGUUCCGUGGGAAGAUCUUCGCUACCUGUUCGGUGAAAUUAUGUACGGUGGACACAUUACCGACGAUUGGGACCGCCGAACCUGUAUCACCUACCUGGAAGAACUGAUGCAACCGGAUCUAGUCGAUGGUGAACUGUUCCUGGCUCCGGGAUUCGCCGCUCCCCCGAAUACUGACUAUGCUGGGUAUCAUGCCUACAUAGACGAUGCAAUGCCUCCAGAGUCUCCGUACCUGUACGGACUGCACCCGAACGCAGAAAUCGGCUUCCUGACCACAACCUCGGAGAAUCUGUUCCGAACCGUGUUCGAGAUGCAACCACGAGACGCAGGAGCCGGCUCGGGAACGACCGUAACGCGCGAAGACAAGGUCAAGCAAGUACUGGACGAGAUCGUGGAGAAACUACCGGAAGAGUUCAACAUGGCUGAAAUCAUGGGCAAAGUUGAAGAACGAACGCCGUACGUCGUGGUAGCGUUCCAGGAGUGCGAACGCAUGAACUACCUGACGGGCGAGUUGAAAAGGAGUCUGAAGGAAUUGGAUCUCGGUAUGAAGGGUGAGCUGACGAUCACGUCGGACAUGGAAGAACUGGAAAAUUCGCUAUUUUUGGACCAAGUCCCCACAAGCUGGUCGUCGCGAGCCUAUCCCUCGCUGCUGGGCCUCGCCGCCUGGUUCGUAGAUUUGCUGCUCAGGCUACGAGAACUGGAAACCUGGUCGGCCGACUUUGUCCUUCCCAUCUCGGUUUGGCUGGCCGGAUUCUUCAACCCGCAAUCGCUGCUGACUGCCAUCAUGCAGUCGACGGCGCGAAAGAACGAACUUCCCCUGGACAAGAUGUGCCUGCACUGUGAUGUAACCAAAAAGCAGAAGGAUGACUUCACAGCUGGACCACGUGAAGGCGCAUACGUGCACGGAAUCUUCAUGGAAGGAGCCCGCUGGGAUGUCCAGCAGGGAAUUAUUAUGGAAUCUAAACUAAAAGAACUAUACCCGCAGAUGCCCGUGAUAAACAUCAGGGCUCUCACCCAAGACAAACAAGAUCUACGCAAUAUGUACGAAUGUCCGGUGUACAAAACGAGAACCCGAGGACCGACCUACAUCUGGACGUUCAACCUGAAAACCAAAGACAAACCGGCCAAAUGGACCCUAGCCGGCGCAGCACUAUUGUUACAAGUUUAA